CAGAGACACAGACGCAAGACAGGCAAAGACAAGACACUUCAAAUCUUUAAAACUGUCAUAUUACAAGGUUGGCCUGGUGAGAGAAAAGAUGCUCCCGUGCAAGUAACGCCUUACUUCAGCGUCAGAGAUGAACUGUCUGUUCAGGACGGACUAAUAUUCAGGAGUGAGAGAGUCGUCGUACCGCAAGCCCUGCGACAAGACAUUAGACAAAGAAUCCACUCGUCUCACAUGGGAUAUGAAUCUUGCUUAAGCUGUGCAUGAGAGUAUAUAUUUUGGUCUAAAAUGAAUGCUGAAAUCAGAGAAAUGAUCGCAAUGUGCAAAACCUGUAGAAAAUUUGAAGCUAGUCAGCCCAAGGAACCCCCUCAUGCCUGUGGAGACGCCCUGGAGGCCAUGGGAGAAAAUCGGAGUUGAUCUCUUCUCCUUUGACAACAAAGAUUUCCUCAUUACAGUCGACUACUUCAGCAACUACUGGGAAAUUGACAAGUUAAACAACACCCUGGCCAGUACAGUGGUCCUCAAGUUGAAGAGUCACUUAGCACAAUACGGAUGUCCUGACCGAGUUAUUGAACAAUGGACCCCAGUUUACAUUCGACACUUUCCAGAAAUUUGCUGGCAAGUGGGAAUUUGAGCACCUAACAAGCAGCCCCGGUAAUCCCAAGGCAAACGGGAAAGCAGAAUCUGCCGUAAAUCUGCACUAAGACACUAUUGCCAACAGCCAGAUCACUACUACAAAUUCGAGUGAUGUAUCCUGAAAGGGACACUAAGCUCUCAGUUAAGAAAGCGUCAAACUGAGACAGCCGACUACUACAGUUGAGGUGCGAGGAGCAUAUCAGUGCUGUCCAACGGCAACGUCGUUCGCAUGAAACCAUUUCGUUUAGGUGAUAAGGAAUGGAGAAAGGCAACCGUCACUAGUCGUUUGGAUGAGAGAUCAUACACAGUAGAAACGCCAGAAGGAGACACAUACCGCCGUAACAGGGUACAUCUUAAGAAGACUCAAGAGACGCCAUCAGAACCAACGGACAACAGCAACAACAACGAACACGGAGGUGCAGAGAAAAAAGAUAUGUCACCCGCACCUGGUUCUCCAAAACCCACAAGAAAAACAGGCGGAACCAGUGAAAAUCAGAGGGAAUCCUCUCCUACAAGGAACAUGACCACAUCUCAAAUCUCGAGACCACAACGAACCAGGAGACCUCCCUACAAGACUAUAAUAUUCGCACUAGAGGACAGUCAUUAUUGA